AUGAUGAGGAAGUCUUCUGAUGGGCAGGAGAAGCAACAGAAGCAAGAGAACCAUCCUGUGUUAGCAGCUUUUGGGGUUGCUUCAGGGUUUUGGGGUUUCGUCUGUGGUUUCUCGGAGGCCACCUUCACUGGGAUAUCGAUAUCUGGAAACUUUGGUGUUGCUAAAGAUGCAUUGGCAGAGGUUGCAUCAAGACUUAGAACCAGAUUUCUGCGAGAUGCGAAUGCUGGAGCAGAACCUGGUCCAGUCGGGCCAGUUCCUAGAUUUCCUAGAUUUGGUCAUUCAGGAAACUUAUCUGGUGCAGGGCCACCUCCUCCUGCCGGCUCUGGUGGAUAUGAAAUGCUAAAGGAUGGGCAGGAGAAGCAACAGAAGCAAGAGAACCAUCCUGUGUUAGCAGCUUUUGGGGUUGCUUCAGGGUUUUGGGGUUUCGUCUGUGGUUUCUCGGAGGCCACCUUCACUGGGAUAUCGAUAUCUGGAAACUUUGGUGUUGCUAAAGAUGCAUUGGCAGAGGUUGCAUCAAGACUUAGAACCAGAUUUCUGCGAGAUGCGAAUGCUGGAGCAGAACCUGGUCCAGUCGGGCCAGUUCCUAGAUUUCCUAGAUUUGGUCAUUCAGGAAACUUAUCUGGUGCAGGGCCACCUCCUCCUGCCGGCUCUGGUGGAUAUGAAAUGCUAAAGGUAUAUCUAACUAAAGCUCUGUAUAUACGUGUCCGAAGGUCCAUGUUUAGGUUUGUGAUCAUUUAG